GUGAGUGAGAGAGAAACCCAUGGCCACUGCAGCCUCCAAUCUGUACCUGGCCAGCAGCUGCAGCAGAAACAACAUGCUAACAUCGCACUCCCUCGUCCACAGCGAGCCGCCCUCCACUAUGCAAGCGGCGGCGGCGGCCGCCACUUUCCGGAGCCACCCUUCCAAACUCCUCGCCAGUGACUACCUGCCGGCUCUGGCCGGGAACGGACACCCUCUGUCGCACCAGUGGGUGACGGCUGUACCCGAGGGCAGCAGCCCGUGGGCGGCGGCGGCGGCGGCGGCGGCGAUCGCGGCCAGUCCCCUGGGUCAACAGGACUCGAAGCCGGGAAGGGAUGAGUUACAGCCCCACCGACACCCCCAUCACCACCAUCACCCUCACCCCCAUCACCACCAACACCAUCACCACCAACAGCAACAGCAUCACCAGCAACAGAGUCAACACCACUCGCCCCACUGGAGCGGCGCGGGCAGCGGCGGAGGCGGGGCGCCGCAUCUCUACUCGCAGACUGCCUUCCAAGUCAACGGGUUGUUGGAGCACAUCAGCCCCCCUCAGGCUCCGGGGCAGCCCCCGCAGACCUCGGCGGUGCACCCGGGGCUGAGGGAAGGCUCCGAAGCCGGCGCCGAGUUGAGCCAAGCUGGCCAUUCUUGCCUGGAGCACUCGGACGAGGAGACGCCGACCUCGGACGAGCUUGAGCAGUUCGCCAAGCAGUUCAAGCAGAGGAGGAUCAAGCUGGGCUUCACCCAGGCGGACGUGGGGCUGGCCCUGGGCACCCUGUACGGCAACGUCUUCUCGCAGACCACCAUCUGCAGGUUCGAGGCGCUGCAGCUCAGCUUCAAGAACAUGUGUAAACUCAAGCCCUUGCUCAACAAGUGGCUGGAGGAGGCCGACUCCAGCACCGGCAGCCCCACCAGCAUCGACAAGAUCGCAGCCCAGGGCCGGAAACGCAAGAAGCGCACCUCCAUCGAGGUGAGCGUGAAAGGAGCGCUGGAGACUCACUUCCUCAAGUGCCCCAAGCCAGCAGCCCAGGAGAUCUCCACCCUGGCCGACAGCCUGCAACUGGAGAAAGAGGUGGUCAGGGUCUGGUUCUGCAACCGGAGGCAGAAGGAGAAGCGGAUGACACCGCCUGGACUUCAUCAGCAAGACGAGGAUGAUGGCAUUGCUGGCUAAACCAGUAUUUAUUGCCCAUCCCUAAUUGGUCAGAGGGCAGUUAAGAGUCAAGCACAUUGUUGUG